AUGAUUAAUUCUAAAUCGGCGAAAUCAGAUUCUCGAGAAUCUCCCAAUUCUUUCAAUACUUGUUCCACAACAACAACUAAUGGUUCUGCUAUGCCACAGCAACAAUCCACUGGAUAUUCUCGUAGAUUGUCAAGUGGUCAACAUCAUCAUUUGAUUGGAUCACAAGAAAGCAUCAUUGGUUCCUCCACCUCCACCUCCACUACCCAACAAUUACCAAAUUGGUCAACUCAUCGUCGAUCCAGCGUUGGACCAUAUUUUUUACUAAAUCAACAACAAGAUUCAUCUUCCUAUAAUUCACGUUUUAAUCAAUCAUUAUUAUCAUCUCCAUCAAACUCUCGAGCAAGACAAAGUCAGUUGUCAAUUUCCAAUAGUAGAAAACAGAAAUCAUCAAAAUCCUUAAUUAAUAAUAAUGACGAAAAUGACAACAACAGGAGGCCACAACAACGGACAAAUCGUCGGUCGAGUUUACCUCCAUUCUUGGGAUCAAACUACAAAAACUUCAACCCAGCAGCAAUUACACCUUCAUAUUCAUCUUUUAAUUCAUAUUCUGGCUCUUUUAAUAAACGGAAUGACAAUGGAAGACAAAGGUUCCCGCCAUCAUCAAUAUCAAGAUCUAAUAAUAAUAAUUUCAACGGUCAAAAGUCCCCAUCACAAUGGUCUUCCCCCAGUGCUAGACGACUUUCCUACAGCGAAAUACAAUGGCAAAAUAGUCUCAGUAAUCGCACUUUUGGAAAUUAUUCGCAACGACCGCAGCCGAAUAUGUAUCCAUCAGUGACAAAUUCAUACCAAAACAAUGCUUCCUCUUCGCAGGCAAGCAAUUAUUUAGAAAGAAGUAAAUCUGUUACCCCGUCUCGAGGUUCACGUCACCCAUUAACAACUCGGGUCGAUCAUUAUGAAACGCGAAGGCUACAAGAACAGGAUUCAACUCCUUCAAAAAUUGAUACUUUAAACAAGAGCGAAGAAUCGCCAUCGAUUGACAAAGCGACCAUUCACCGAGAACGAGAUGAACAACAAGUUUGGGAAGAUUCACCUCCUCAUUUAGAAAGCAAACGUGAAAAAAAUGGUAGACAACACAGAUCAAAUUUGUCAACUAACUGGGGUUUACCAAGAAAUGGAUUAUCCUCUAAAAAUCAUUCAAUCAAAGGGGCUUUAUCGGAGUCCGCGAAUAGGUUCGAAUCAGAAAAUAGUAUUGAUCUGUCAAAAAGCGAUGAGACAAAAGCCGAUGCUUCAGAUCAAGAAACUAUUACUCUUGGCCGUGAAUCUCCCCUUAAAGAAGACGAGGAUCUGUUAGGUGAAGAAAAUGAAUCAAUGAACCCGGUCAAUCCGGUUGAUCAAACAGAAUCUGUGAAUGGAAAUAGUAUAUUCGAUGAAAGAAGAGAGUCAUUAAUCAGUGAUUUAGGAAAUAUGGCGAUUGAUGCCAAAAAAGAACCUCAAGAUUCUGAGAUUACCAAACCAUUCUACAUUGAAGACAAUCCAAAAGAAAUCGAAAAUUAUAGUCCAGCCGCCCUCGAAACCCCCCUUCAAAAAGAAUCAAUUUUGCCUGGACAUAAAGAACGUCGAACCUGGCAGCAAAAACUUUUCAUGCAAUCACACCGUUUUCGAGCACAUCCACAGAAUCGUUAUUCAGAUGAUUAUAGUUACUUUUAUCCAUCAAAUGACUAUAAUCAAGAGCCGUCGUACAAUAACGGCAAUGGUUAUCUUGCGAAUGAUAAGGAGUCACUGUUUAACAACAACAAAGAUUCUACAGAAUUUGUUGGUUCGGCUCCUGACGCUGAUAAUUAUCCUCUUCCUAAUUUUCUACGAAGAAAAAAGAGAAAGACGCAAAAAUUUAAAUUAAAUAAAAAAACAAGUCUUGAACAGCGGGUUAAAGCUGAAGAAGCUCAACAAGAAGAGCCAUAUCUUGUUAAUUUAAUUUUCAAGAUUUGUGAUGCUCUUGAAAUUGAAUGUAAGCUAUACUCUCCAAUCGUCAAAAACAAGUUCAAUUGCUAUUCGGCAUUACUCAGAGUACCGGUUUUCAAGAAAACUUUUGGUGCACAUAAUGAAAUUCGUGAAAUUGUUCGAGAAACUGUCGCAGAAAUGGCAAUUGAUCACUUUCGUCAACGAAACCCCGAUACUUUUAAAAAAGUAUUGGAGAAGAUGGGAAGCGACGUAGAAGAACUCGAUCAUUAUUGUUGUGUAUAUAAAGGCGGCGUUAUUGGCAUUGGCGGUGGUGUAAAACAAGCACAAAUAGGCAAAAAAGUGAAGAAAAUAAGUAAGGCGCUGCUAGAUCAGCCUUUACUUUCGCAAAAUAAUAAUAAACUUAAUAUAGUAGAGACGAAGGAUAAAGGACAACUAAGCGCCUUACUUAUGCAAGGGUAUGGUGACACGUCUAGCAAAGAUGUAUUGGAUAAUGUUCAAGAGGAUAAAGCACAAGUUCUUGGCAAUGAGAUCCUCAAGGCUGAGAAAGAAACCUUGGAAUCUACCGAAGUCGAAAUGAAAACGAAGGAGGAAGAUCAAAUCUCUAUCGACCAACUUGACGAGUCCAAACUGUCUGAACUCCCGCAGCAUCAAGUCAGCUUGGAACCGAAGGAAACUGCGGAUCAGACAUUGCUCUCUACAAAGAUCAUCGAACAAGAAAUUAUAAGUAAUGUACAGCAACAAGAAGAGUUAGAAGACUUGAUAAUUAUUGGGGACCUGAUGAAUUCUACUAAAGAUACGCAACAAAAUGAUGUUCUCUUGGAACCUCAAUUGUCAAACACAUAUGAUUUGUCAAUAACAUCUGAUAGCGUGGAGAAUACCGCCGCAGCUCUUUUUAUAUGCGAACAUAAAGAUGAAAAGAUUCAGGUUCUCGACCAAGCUUCAGAUAGUCAAGAAGAAAAAAAUGACCAUAAAGAACCUAUCGAGACAGUAACUCAAGGUAUUCUCGAUAUGCAAGACCAACAACAGCAGCAACAAAAUUUCAACGCGGAGAAUAAUAAUUAUGCUCAACAUGAAACAACAGAAUUAUUAGAACAACUACCACCACCACAAGAUGAUCUUCCAUGCGCCACCAUUAACGAAGAAGAUGCGGCAACGAUUCGGAAUGGGUAG